CGUCUAAGACCACAAUUAGCCAGAUAGAGCUGCCUCAAAUCUGGGUGGGUUUCAGUGAACAAGAGAACAGAUAGUAGUUUAAAGUAUAGAGUGUAGAGCAGAGAGCAGAGAGUUGAACGUAAAGAGACGUUUACCUGAGGGAGACUUUACGAUGGCAAGUUACGAGAUCCGUGCAGAGUGCAUGAGCUCAAUGGAGGAGGAGUGUUUGAUUGAGAGACGAAGAAGCGCCACCCUAAAGGAGUGCUUGGAGCUCUUGAAACUCGAGGGAUCGCCUAAGUACGGACGGGAGUCUUUCAGGAAGCUCUUUCAAGAUGAGGUACUCUCGGGAAAAUUGUUUAUACUCUUUGAUCAAGACAGAGACGGGGUUCUCAAACAGGAAGACUGGAUUGAGUUCCUCAAAGCCCGACUGACAAGUGACAAACAAGCGGACUUCAUUGAUCAAAUUGAAAGUGUCGCUUAUGUAUUGUGCGGCGAUGGCCCUAUUGAUUUGAUCGCCUUCAACAAAAUAUUUCACGCUAAAGGGAUCAUCGAUAAACUGUUUCGUUUAAUUAAACAAGACAGCACUGGAUACGUUUCCCCAGGACAGAUUAUGGAUUUUCUUCGAGAAAUUAGCAGCCCGAGAUCACCGGCGGGCUUCGAUAAAAGCAAUCUAGAAUGGCUGGAGAAGAUCUUCAAACAGACAGUUGGAAACGAACGAGAAAUACGUCGUGAGGAAUUCAAGAAAAUCGUUAUAUCGAAGAACCCUUUCUUCACCGAGAGAGUAUUCCAGAUAUUCGACAAGGACAACUCGGGUACAAUAUCUCUCCAGGAGUUUCUUGACGCUAUGCAUCAAUUUGCUGGUAAAACUCCGGAUGACAAGAUUCGAUUUCUCUUCAAGGUCUACGAUAUCGACGGGGACGGAUUAAUUCAGCACCGUGAAUUAGAACACGUUAUGCGAGCCUGUAUGGAGGAGAAUGGAAUGAAAUUUAGUGAUGAGCAGAUUGAAGAUUUAACGCUUGCCCUGUUUGAAGAUGCCGAUCAAGGUAAUAGAGGUGCAAUCACGUUCGAAGCCUUGAAGAAGCAGCUCGAAAAACAAGAGGGUUUACUCGAAAAUUUAUCCAUCAGUAUAGAUCGUUGGAUGGUACCGCCGAAGCCCAAGCAAUCCAGGCCAUCGGUCUUAAGUCUAUUGCAUUCAUUAAGACCUUAUCAGUUGACGAAGCCGUAUUUAAAAAAUAACUAUGUCUUUAUGGUAUUUAUUUUAGCAUUUGUAAUAAUAAAUAUUUUACUUUUUGUCACGAGACUAUAUCAGUACAGAAAUACAAACACUUACACGAUGCUGGCACGAGCAUGUGGACAAUGUUUAAAUUUUGAUUGUAUGUUUAUAUUAAUACUGAUGUUACGACAGUGCAUCACGUUUCUGCGUACACAUGGAUUUAAUUCGAUUUUGCCGCUGGAUCAUCACAUUUACUUGCACAAAAUGGUCGGAGUUACGAUUGGAGUGAUGUCAGUUGUGCAUACAGUUGCCCAUCUCCUGAAUUUUGGUUUGGUUGUGAUCAACGAUCAAGUACUGAACAGCUCGCACUACACGAUGUUUGAGUGGCUUUUGACGAGUAGGCCAGGACUCUUUGGUCUAGUGAGUGGCGUAGCUAAUCCUACUGGUGUUGCCUUGAUUAUAAUUCUCUUUAUUAUGAUCCUAUGCUCGAUGCCCUUUGUUCGACGUGGCGGAAGCUUUGAGAUAUUUUACUGGACGCAUUUGCUGUACAUUCCAUUCUGGAUACUAACGAUAUUCCACGGGCCAAACUUCUGGAAAUGGUUUGUAGUACCAGGGGCAAUUUACAUGGUGGAACGAGUGCGUCGUUUGAUGUGGUUACGAUCUGAACGCGGUAAAACGUACAUAAGUUCUGGUCUUCUGCUGCCGUCGCGUGUGACGCACCUGGUGAUCAAACGACCUCUCCACCUAGAUUUUCGUCCUGGAGACUAUGUCUUUGUGAAUAUACCAGUGAUCGCGGAAUACGAGUGGCAUCCCUUCACUAUCAGCAGUGCACCAGAGCAAGAGGAAUACAUGUGGCUGCACAUAAGAGCUGUUGGCGAGUGGACCAAUAGUUUGUACGCGUACUUUGAAAAGGAGCAGCAGAAACUCGAACGUGGAGAUGCGAUAGCCAUCGAGGGAUUUAGUUCACCUCCCGCGGCUAAAAAUCCAGUACCACAAUCGACAUCAGUAACAAUAGAGGAAGAAGAGAAUAAAGUUAAAGUUAUAAACGAAUCCCAGGGGGAUCCUCGGGGCUUGGACAAUCCUCUUUUUGUUGGUGACAGUGACACGUUGGUGUCUGGUUCAAAUACUAUUCCUAUGACCAACGUCAACACCAACGUAUCUACAGUAAAUCCAGACGAUUUAAAUGGACACAAGGAUUCAAUAGUACAGUCGCAAGACAGAAAGCUGAGACGGCUAUUUCUUACAAACAAAAUGCCACUCGAGAAGUCAUUUUCUAUGCCAGAUAUGCAGACCAAGCGGAAAAAAAGGGAGCGACUGAUGGCACUACGCGGCUACAUGAGGUCCGAGUCAGAAAGAAAUUUCGAUGAAAUAAAAAUACGUCGCGCCCGACUCAAGUCACUUGGGUUGGCUUACCUCAGCCCACAGAAUAAAUCGCUGGCACAAAGUUUCAGAUAUAUGAGAACAAAGCCAACGAUCAUUGCAUUUAAAACCCCUAGUAUGGAAAAUUGUCAACGUAAUAAUCAAUCUGACUCAGGCUCAGCAGAUAAAGAUAAACGGGAAACGAGCAUUACAAUGACAUUAGCGAAUAGUGUAGCGGCUGAAGAGGGUCGGAUGCAGAAUAAAAUUGUGGAAUUUGUGGAAAAAAAUAAUGGCAUAGAUACCAAGAAUUUAAGUGAACAUCAUGCGAUAAAUUAUCUUGUUGGUAAACCGCUAGAAAUUUUUCUAGAUGGUCCUUACGGAGCACCAUCGAGUCACAUAUUCCAGGCGCAGCAUGCUGUGUUAAUCGCCACGGGAAUAGGAGUUACACCUUUUGCUUCUAUCCUGCAGUCAAUAAUGCACCGAUAUUGGAAGGUAAGACACACCUGUCCUCAGUGUGAGUUUUCCUGGUCGAGUGAUAUUCCCGUGACAGUGAUGAAGCUCAGAAAAGUUGAUUUUUUUUGGAUCAAUCGCGAUCAGCAUUCAUUCGAGUGGUUUGUAAAUUUACUGUCUCAGUUAGAAAUCGAACAAGCCGAGCUGGGCUCCACUUUAGAGAGAUUUCUCGAGAUGCAUAUGUAUAUUACUAGCGCGCUGCAAAAAAAUGAUAUGAAAGCCGUCGGACUUCAGCUUGCCAUGGAUUUGCUCCAUGAAAAGGAAAAGAGAGAUUUAAUAACAGGAUUAAAGACACGUACAAACGCCGGAAGGCCGAAUUGGGACAAGGUCUUCAAGCAACUUAAAGAUCAAAAAAAAGGAAAGGUUACUGUUUUUUACUGCGGUCCGCCGCAACUGAGCAGAAUUUUACGUUUCAAAUGCCACCAAUUCGAUUUUAAUUUUCGCAAGGAAACUUUUUAACUCCACAUGCUCCAUAUUUAUUUAUCAUGUCCGGUCUUGAUUUAUUAUCUUUUGUUUGCUCAAAAGUAAGUUUACAAAUAAAAAUUCAAACAAAUACAUCAACAAAAAAAUUCAACAGCGUAUGCAAACGGUCAAUCAAUAAAGAGAGAUGCCUUGCAUUGAUAAUCCGUCGAUUAAUAAUCGCUGGUGUACACGACAGUGAACGUGAGGGUCGAGAAGACCAGUACAGUAGGGACCAUACAGAGCAUAGCCAACAGCCAGUGUGUGAGAUAGGUGUGCAGUGCGGGUGAUUUUUGGGGGUGGAAGUCACCAACCGCUUUACCAGCACCAACACCAGCCUCUACUACCACUAAUCGAUUGAGCAAAUGGAGCGAGAGCAAACAACAAGACAUUCCCAUGUGACACAUCAUAUGUAUUAACGCGUCAAAGGAUAUCCUCAGGACAUAUCUGUGUAUAGAGAUGUAUACGCCGAUUUGUGCUUGAGAGUUAAAUUAUAUGAGACAAAUAAAUCAUUCGGUGUGCGAGGUAAAAGUUGUCAAACAUCAUCAAACAAAUCUUCAUCAUCCUGUCUCUCACUCCCAAGAGAUUUAAUCACCGUUUGAUUUAUUUUUUAUUCAAUAUUUUUUGUUAUGAAUUUACCUAGACUUUUUUUAUCUACUCGACUGUUCUCUCCAGAGAACUAUUUUUUUUGUUUGUCAUUAUUUUUUUUUCGAGUAAUAUAAUUAUCUGAGCUUUUUCAUAACUCUCGUGACUUCAUGCAUGAGCCAAAUUGUUAAUAGUGCAAUCAGCAUUCGUGCUUGACGUUCCGUCAUUACAAUCAAUUUUUUAUUUUAUUAUUAUUUAUAUACGUUGUUUUUUUUUUUGGUAUUUAUA